AUCGGUAUGACCCCAAGCCCUGCACCAUGUACAAGCACCUCAAAAGCUGACGUCAUCUUUAUCCUGGACUUCCCCGAGAGUAUUGGCAUCAAGAACUGGCGGAAGCAGCUCCAGUUUGUGGCGGAUAUGACGAAACAGUUCACCAUCGGACCUGCAGCCCUCAGGUUUGGGGUUGUCAUCAACAACUUCAGCCCGCUCAAGUUAUUCGACCUCAACAGCUACACGCUGAGUUCCGAACAGGCGCUAGUCUCUACAAUGCUAAUGUCGUCACUGAAGUACACAGACAAGGCCUUAAACUUUGUCCAAACCCAGAAGAUGUUCAGCCCGAUUUCCGGGGGUCGGGAUUCGGCCCCAGACAUUGUUGUGUUGAUAACAGAGGGUACCUCGAACUCGGUUGGGAACACCAUCAGCGCCGCGAAGAACCUCAAGUCCAGCGGCGUGUCCAUCAUCACAGUGGGGGUGGGUGGUAAUCUUGCCGUGGACGUGCUUCAGACCUUGGCCAGCAGCCGCGCGGACGUCGUGGUGGCCUCCAGCUUCGACACGCUGGGCAGCGUCCAGAGGAAGCUGGUGGACCUCAUCUGUAGCAAAGCCAGCAAUUAAUAACAGCUGAAUUUGUUUUGAUCAACAGUUUUAAUGUUCACUAAAAAAAAAAGAUAAUAAAAUAUAAGAAAUUAUAUUAAAA